AGUUUCGAUUCAAGCAAUAGAAAAUUUACAACUGACACUUUCUCCUAUUUAAGUAAAACUCUAUUUCAAUCUUAUUCUUAGCUUUAAUCUCCUAACCAUGUCGGACAAGUGUGGCAACUGCGACUGCUCUAGCGCCAGCCAGUGUGUGAAGAAGGAAAACCAGUAUAAUCUCGAAAUUGUCGAAACUGAGAAGAGCUACAGCGAGAGCAUCGUGAUGAACGCUGGAGCAGCAGAACAUGAUAGCAAAUGCAAGUGCGGCAGUAGCUGCAGCUGUGUGAACUGCACUUGUGGUCAUUAAUUAGGCCCUACAUACAAACAACAGCAGUUUGUCUAAAACUAUAUGGUGUUUUAAGGAAUAACGGUACCUUGUUAUUAUAUUGUAGUGGAAUAAACUGUGUUGUGCUUGAGUCCUAAUUGCCAAAGUGAAAAUGUAAGGAGUCACUCCAGAGUCUAGACUUUGCGUCUCUUUGGUCAAGUUUGUAACACAACUUGUCAUUGUUAAAUAGACUAUUAAUUAUUAUAGUA